AGGUCAUCUCGAUCACAGGAAUGAGGAAUAAAAAAAAAACGAUCCACUCAUUCAUCCUUCUUGACAACCGCUCUUCUCAUCCUUAAACCAUCUCUUUCAGUCCGCCUCCUCCCUGUCUCACUCGAAAAAAUGUUGGGCGGGGCCGUUUCUGUCCCCUCCGUCACCGCGGUCCUAAUCCCUCUUCUCGUCCUUGUCUGCACAGUCUUUGGUCCUGGACUCCUCAAUGUACCUCCCGCCCCCUACCUCGCCAUUGCCAUGUCACUUGGCUACCUUGAUAGGCUAGGUCCUUGGUCCUGGGCUGCCAUCUUCCCAAACCUAUAUCUGUUCGCCUGCAUCACCGUUGGAACAGGCAUCGCCUACGCUGGCAUGCUGCAGUCGGAUGUCUGGGAUAACUCUCUGAUGGCUGCUCCCUUCCUCAUCGGGAUGGGUGUUGCCCUGGCCGGGAUGAUUCCUUUUUGGAUCCAAUUGGCCUGGCAACGUCGAUUUCUCCCCCAGGACAGAUUCCAGAACGGGGCCUGGGCACUGCUCGCAACACUCGUCGCGCCCUCAGUCUGGGUGGCCCUAUUCACGAUUGUGUACGCGGUCAGUCCUAUUGGAUCCUACGGGUCCAUCGCUUAUACUCAGUUCCAGCUGGAGCCCAUCGUGCAGUGGUCCUCCGUCACAGGCAUCGGAGGCAUUGAGUUCUUGGUGGUAUGGACCGCGGUCAUCAUCUAUCGCUCUUGGAUCCGGUAUGUCCGCUUCGAGGCUGGCAGAGAGCAGGAGCUUAAGGCAUGGAACCAACUCGGGACCCAGACGCGUCGUCGCAUGGUUCUUGUACGUCGCUUGGCCUUUGCUCCAACGCCGACCUACUUGAUUGUUAUAAUGUUUGUGUUCUUCUAUGGGUCAAUGCGGUUCUGGAACGCAACGGGCACGUUUUACAUGAAACCGUUGGUGGACACGAUACAACCGACGGUGAAGGCAGGAUGUGUGAUCGGUUCCUCGGAUUACAACAACAUGUCUAGCUACUUGGCCCAGACACAUGAGCUGGCCAAGGAUGGAUCCAAGAUUGUGAUCUGGAGCGAGGGUGCAGUGACGAUGAAUAACCAGGCAAUGGUGGACGAAUUUUGGGCGACGGCCAAGAACAUCUCGACGACGUAUGGAAUAUACCUGGGAAUCACCUACGGUCAGUAUCUGGACUCGUAUAUGAUCGACAGCAAGAACAUGUUCACGGUGUUCGAUCCUAAGGGACAGGUCGCGUUUGAAUACCAGAAGGCGCAUCCAGUGGCCAUGGUCGAGACCACCGUUGUUCCGGGACCCAACAAGUUGCCGGUUGUGGACACGGAGAACUUUGGACGGCUCGGGGGAGCCAUUUGUUUCGACAUGGAUUUCCAGAAUUUUAUCGCACAGGCCGGGAAGCAGAAGGUCAAUAUCCUGCUCCAACCAAGCUGGACAUGGGGUAAGUCUUGAAUGUGUUUCUGCUAGUAAGCACGCGUAAAAAAGCUAAAAAAAAAAACGGCCCUUCUGAUAUGCUAUUUGUUGUUGGUUUUUUUUACAAAUCCUAAACUUUCCAAGGAUCAAUCGGUCGUCUGGAAGCAAGCAUUCAGUCGUACAGAGCUGUUGAGCAAGGUCUAACCAUUUUCCGAUGCGGGUCCUGGGCCCCGUCGACGGUCUGGGACCCCUACCAUCAGAUCUUUGGAUACAAGUACAAUCUGGGCUCAGGGACGUUUAGUGCCGAUAUUCCACUUCGAGACCAUGUCUCGA